AUGGACAAUACAAAUGACUAUUUGCUUAACUUUAAAGGAUAUAAUUUUGAGAAACAUAUUGUGAACACCAAGGAGUUAGAAAAGAUGGAAGAUUUUGAAAUUAGAGAUGAUGACAUCUUCAUAAUCACAUAUCCAAAAUCUGGUACCUUUUGGACUCAGCAGAUCCUCACCUUGAUUUGUUUUGAGGACUACUGGAACAUGACUGGAAACAUCCGCCUUUCCAACAUAACACCAUUCUUUGAGCACAAUAUUCAAAAUAUAUACUUUGCCAAAAUGCCAUCACCUCGAAUCCUUGCUUCCCACCUUCCAUAUUACUUAGUACCAAAUGGUCUCAAGAAGAAAAAGACUAAAACUCUUUAUGUUUACAGAAAUCCCAAAGAUGUUUUGGUCUCAUUUUUUCAUUUUUCAAAUUGGGUGGUUUUCUUAGAAGCUACAGAAACCAUCGAACAUUAUCUGGAAAAAUUUCUAGAUGGAAAUGUUGCAGGAAGCAGUUGGUUUGAUCACAUUAGAGGCUGGUAUGAACACAGACAUGACUUCAACAUAAUGUUCCUGAGCUAUGAAGAUAUGAAGAAGGACCUUAGAAGCUCAGUGCUUAAAAUCUGUAGUUUUCUGGAGAAAGGACUGAGUGAAAACAAUGUGGAUGCUGUGGUGAGACAAGCUACAUUUCAGAACAUGAAAUCUGACCCAUGAGCAAAUUACAAUAAUGUUAUAAAAAAUGAAUGUGGGACAAGAAACAAUGGCUCUUUCCUGUGCAAAGUGCUCCCUGAGUCUUAG